AUGGACGGCCGUCAAGUGCCCAAUGGGCAUCCCGCUCCUAACAAUGCGCCCGCACCCUCCGCGAUACGACGGAGCGGACUCCGCGUGCCUUCCGUCCACGAAGCCCUGCCGUAUACCCCAUUCAGCUCGAUCAUCCCAUUCAGUCCCGAGCUUAUACCGGCGCCAGUCGCCGUACCAAGAACAUCAACCGCACAUUUCAGCGACUCACCAGAUAUUAUCAGUAUUCGACACGCGCUUGACCAACUCAGCGCAGGUGCAGCCAAUGCUGAGCAUGCAUCAGAGCGGUGCAAGCAAACCUUGAGUGACGUCCAGAGGCUGCUUGAUCCCGAUAACCUUACGCAGUUCAAGUUUAAGGUCCCGCAGCGACCGAACAAGCCCAUGAGAGCUUUGCCGGACGGUGUAUGUACUCCAAAGCUAACACCAUUCGCCCAAAUGGUAUUGCAAACCACGGAUGUCUCGUACCGGUAUCUCACGCCAGAGUCACCGGAGCGGAGCUUGCCAGCGGAAAUCCACAUUAUUGGGGAACACGAAGCAGCAGCCUUGCCUACUCCAGAUGCUCAUUUCAGACAUUCCAACCCGAGCAUCGUCAGCUCCGUUGUCGAUCAACAUGUUGAGGUGGCGAAGGGAUCCCAGAGCGCCCAGAUCAAUGUACUGAACGCCGUCGUUAUCCCGAAGUCGCUGACCCCAGCUCAGCGUGCGGAAUACCAGUAUAUGUCUUCAGAACAGGGCGCUCUUGGGGAUUCGACUCCUUCCAAAGGUCGCCACGAGCACCUGGCCAAUGGUUAUCGCACUGUUAGUGUGGACCAGAAGCACAAAAGUGACCUUGCGGUUCAAAAUCUUGAGAACUUGCUUUUUGAAAUCUUCGCUACGGAAGAUCAGCUCCAGCCAGACACUUCAGGUAUAGCCGCGGUGCAAAGCAACCCUCUCUUCACAUUCUGUGAAGUCGAAGGCAGCCUCAAGCAGGUACUCCUGCCCGAUGCGCAAGCGAGGCUCGAGUCCCUCCUGCAAAAGGUCAAUGCUAAUGGUCGUAUGGAGAGUGUCGCAACCGACAGUCUUGUGCGAGUACAGCGACUGUGUGAAAAUGCCGUUGCGGCUACCGAGGGUAUCUCACUGCGGAUAGACGGAGAUAUGUCGGAGCAGGAUGUCGAGCAUUGGCUCUCGAGAUUGGCUGUUGCAGAGAGGGGUGUGGUUGCUGCACGGACUCUGUUGCGCAUCAUGGGAGCAGGCGCAUACAUCAAAGAGCUGCAGUCGGAGGAGUAUCUGCGGCUUACCAUCACCACGGUGCACCAGGUCUAUGAGACUUGCAUUCUGCCGAUCGUAGAAGACAGGUACGCGGACGGCGACAAGAUCAAGGGUUCAAAAGAUGCUUUGCCUGCUAACGCCUCAUUCGCCUUUGCGAUGUCGCAUCGCUUGUCCUUACAGGCCUUACUAAAUGCCACCACGAAGACUCUCCGCAUCCUAGGUGACUUCCUGGCGAUGGUCGAGGUCGAGGAGACCUCGCUGUCAAGCGUUGAAGCAUUGUGCAACCGGCUUCUCUUUGCAGAGAACGCAAGCCAUGAGCGCGACUCUGUUUUCGGCAUCCAGAGUUUUGAGACUACGCGCAGAUGCGCUAUGGACGUGAUUGCGAAGGACUUCGCCAAGUAUCCGCACCAACGGCAAGCCAUACUGGACAGCAUUCUGCUUACGAUUGACAAGCUGCCAGCGACGCGACAAAGCGCUCGACACUACCGUCUGCAGGAUGCCAAGCCCAUACAGCUGGUCUCUGCUCUCCUCAUGCGCCUAGUGCAGACAAGCGCCAUCCACGAGGGAGAGGCGGAGCUUGACAAGAGCAAGUCGGUGCGUACUACCAGUGCGGAGACGGAUCACGAAGACAAUGAUGGGGCAGAUUCCGAAUUAGAAGAAAACGAGGAUGAUGCCAUCAAACCCACGCCAAAGAACAAACGCAAUCACCCCGAGGAUUUGUACCCGCUCGUUAAGCCUUUGCACGAUGCCGCGCAACUCAAUGCAUCCUUCAUUGUGAGAUUGCUUGUGCAGCGGGCUCUACAGUCUUCGAAGUCGAGCGAUGAGCCUUAUCGAAGACUUCUCGACAUCUUCACCGAAGACUUCCUGGCAGUGCUGGGCUCGAGUGACUGGCCUGCAGCUGAAAUGCUACUUCGUACAUUGAUCUCGCAUAUGGUAAACAUCGCGGAAGGCUCAAAAAGCGCUGUACCCGCUCGAACGCUUGCUCUAGAGCUUCUGGGGACCGUGGGUACCGGCAUCCUUGAGCUUCAUAUUGCGGCGCGAGCUACAGCACGCUCCGUUGACAGCGAAGGAAACGAUCUUGGCCAAGGCCUCGUGGAUCUCGUGGAGCGCCUGGAGAUAGGCGAUGUCGAUGUCGGCGCGCUUGCGUCAUUUAGUGGGCCCUAUCGGACAGUGGUUGAGUACUUGCAGACCAGAGACCUGGAAGAUGCCCAAUUACGAUCCGCGCAAGGUUACCAUCUCAUGCAGUGGGCCCUUCUCGUGUGCGGCGGGCGAGAAGUCUCUGCCGACUCUGAAUAUGGGACAUCGAAACCAAUCGAAAAUCUACAGGACAAGCUUAGCAGCAUGAUUCAAGACCUGCACUGGCUCGAGGAUCACGAGGACUACCCUAACGUUUCACCAUCCCAGGGACGGCUCGCAGCUAUCGUGGUGACUCUAAGCUCCAAGCUGUGCAAAGCAUUCAAUAGAAUCUUCGGCAUCCUCCUUGGCGCCAUGAGUAGUCAGCUCCCAAGGGUGAAAAGCCGUGCUUUGAAGAGCGUGGUAGCUCUGCUGGAGAAGGAUCCAUCGAUCCUUGACCGCAACGCUUAUGUUCUCAACCACAUACUACGCUGUGCCAUCGAUCCGUCUCCGCUGGUAAGAGACUCUGCAAUGUCACUGAUCGCAGACUGCGUCAAGUACCGACCGACUCUGAGCACGAUGCUCUACGAGCGUGUCAUUGCACGGACAAGAGACAGUUCGAUCGGGGUGCGAAAGCGAGCCAUUCGGCUUCUCAAAGAUCUGUAUUUAAGCAAUCAACCUGUCCACAUGCGAGCUGCUAUUGCAGAUGCGAUCAUCGGACGUAUCGACGACAAUGAAGAAUCCAUCAUCGAGCUUGCGCGCCAAACUAUGGAAGAUAUAUGGUUCCUUCCGUUUCAUCACAUCAAGUUGAAUGGAGAAGACGCUAUCAACGCGCGACUGCAGUACAAUGCUCAAGCUUCGCUACUGAUCAGGACGACCGAAGCAAGCGAAGACAGCAGCGAGACACUUCAAAGUCUAAUCAAGCGAGUCACAUCUCAACCGAAGCUCGCAGAUGCUCACACUUCUGUCUGCAGACACCUCGUGCGGAUUCUGUCCGACGGCAUUAUCGACAACGCUGAUAUACCGGAUUCACCGGAUCAAGCCUCGAUCUUGAGGUGUCUGGCUGUCUUUGCCAAAAGCUCUCCGAAGCUCUUCACUGCGGGCCAACUAGAGCGUCUCGAGCCUUACGCGCAAAAUCUCAGCAAGUCCGAUGACCUUGAUGUAUAUCGGUCAGCCAUCACUAUUUUGCGUCACGUCAUGCCGCAUCAAGCUGCGCUAAAGCACGACUUCCUCCAGAAAUUGCAGACAGCGCUACUAUCGAGCGUCUCGAAGCUGCCGAAGUCAGAGCUUAGCGAAGUUGUACCGUGUCUUUGGACCAUUAACGGCAUGCUCGACAACAUCGAGCGCCUAGCCACGUUCACGAUAUCUGCGCUGAAAGGUAUCUAUAGCAUGCAGAAUGUUGACUUUGCAGCGCAGCCGCAGGCUGUUGUCAAGGCUUCCAAGCUCAUGGUCAUAGUUGGACACUUCGGCAAAGCCUGUAAGUUCGACGAGCGUUUGCCAAUGUUUAAAACCACCUUUUCUUGGUACAAGGGAGGGACGGUCGCUGGCCUUAUGAUGGAUAUCGUGUGUCCCUUCACAGCGCCGGGCCAAAUAUCAACCAUUCGCCAGGCUUCGCUUGAAGCAGUCGGCAUGGUGUGUCAAUCGUGGCCGGAGCUGCUUCUUCGAGCGGACGUGGUUGCCGCUCUCGAAACUGUUCUUAACGAACACAAUCACGACCUGGAAGAGGUACUCUUAUCAGGCCUUGCCACUUUCUUCUCCACCGGGGAUGCUCCGAUCGAAACAGGGGGCACAACGGUCCCUGAUACUGGUAUCGAGGCUGGCCAGGAGCGACUCGGCAACACUUAUGUCGCAGCCGACAAGGAUCGCGCAGCAAUCUCGCUAACUCGCCGCUUUCUGCCGCAGAUCGUCCGCAUCGCGCUUUCAUCCACUGACGAACUUUCAUCCAUUGCCGCACGCAUCAUCGUCAGCAUUAAUCGCCAAGGACUUACGCAUCCGAAAGAAAGCGGGCCCGCCCUCGUUGCGCUUGAGACCUGUCCGGAUAAAGCGAUUGCGACCAUGGCAUAUAUCGAGCAUAAGGCUCAGCACUCAAAACACGAGAGUCUCUUCGACAAGGAGUACAUGCGGGCGGUGCAGCAAGCCUUUGAGUACCAGCGAGAUGUUUUCCAGGACACUACGGGCCAUAUCAGCCAGCCUCCAGUCUCCAAGUUGCACAUGCUGUGGGAUGUGCUGAAAGCCGGCAAAGCGCAGGUGCGCAAGAAGUUUCUUACCAGCCUUACGCAGAAGCUCGACUUCAAGCUUGAUACGCUCGAUGUGUACGAUGUUCAAACAGCACAUCUUGACUUCGUACGCUUCAGCGCUGAGAACCUGGCUUUCUUUGACUAUGAUAAGGUCGAAGAACUUCUACUCCUUCUUAGCGCGAUGGAGAAGGUCUUCUCCUCGACCGGUACUGCUGUCGCACAGGCGAUUGAGUCGGAAGUCCUCAAGCUCCACCUCAAUACCGUUGGUGGUGCGGAGACUGCUUGUGACAUUACCACCGAGUCGCAAGCUGCGGUCUUUGACACGGCGUCAAUCAUCCCAGCCCGCAUGCUCCAGCUUGCGAUCGCUGCACAAGUCUGCUCGCUAAUAUGGGAGACUCGCAGUUACCUUCGGCGGCUAUGGAACAUGCAGAGGCAUGUAGCCAAAUCCAAGAACUCAGGCAAGGAUAGCAACCGCGCGCCGACCCGUGUUACGAACACUUCAGUGCUUACAGAUGCAUAUGUUCAACGCGUCAACGAGAUCAUGGACGCCAACAGCACGCCAGAAUCGCAACGUGCCAUCUGCAGCUCCUUUGUGGAACUCAUUUCCAUUGAUAGCGAUGUUAGAGUAGCAAGCGAUGAUGAAGAGGAUAGAGAGGAAAUGUUCCAGGCGGAAGAUACUCCGAGUGAGGGCACCAGCCGAAAGAGCCCGUCACUGCCUGCUAGUGGUGGUGGUCGUGGGAGGAAACGGAAGUCUGCCAGCACAAACGCCAGUCCGAGGAAGCGUGGACGGCUAAGCGGGGUGCGGAGAAGGUCAGUCUCGAUCAAGGUUGAUGAAGGUGAUGAAGAUGAAGGCUGGGAUUGA